AUAUGGCACGGCAUGAUCGAGUGGGUUGAGAAAGCUAAAGCACCUGCGGAUACGCAAAAACAGACCAGACAUCUACCUUGUCAUGUUUCUGCAAAUUCUAAAGACGGCGAUCCAGAAUUGAAAGCCGACACCUGGCCGCAAAAGCUCCUUAUGCAACUGAUGCCUAAACAUUUGAUAGGCAACAUUGGUGGAUCUUAUCUGAAGAAUUCUAAGUCCGUUUUGUUCCAUCCAGCACAAUGCGAGGCACUAGAAUCCUUGACUAAAGUUAUGAGCUCCGGAUUUGCAGGUUGUGUUCACUUCACCUUCCCUGCGCCACCAUCGACUUGCGACAUAAAAGUACUUAUUCUC